AUGGUAAGCUUAUAUUAUUUUUAACAUAUCUAUUUAACUAUUUUUAUACCUUUUUUGUCUGAUUUGUUUCUAAUAUUAUUGUUCUAGGGCAAAAAGAAGCACUUCAUUGAUAAAAACGAAAAAGUUGUAACGUUUCGUCUAGAAACCAGGACCACAGAAGAUCGACCACCGAUUCUGGGACCUCAAGCUGAAAUCACGAAUGUUGUGGAUGUCACGGAUGAUGAGCUGCUACAAAGAGAAAAAUUUGGUAUUUAUUAUGCGGACAACUAUAAUUAUCUCAGCCAUUUGAAGUCUAGAGAUGAAGUAAGUCUUUUUAUAUUUGUUUUUUUUAUGUUUUUAGGUUGAUUGAGAGUGGUUUUGUUGAGUGAUAUUGUUAAAGAGAGGAAGUUGAGAAAUGAAGGUAUAAGACCAAGUGUUUUUCGUCUAGUUACUUGAAACUUUGUGAUAGUUUACAUUAGCUUUUUGCCUAGCUAUGAGUAUAACGGAAUUUUGGACUUUUUAAAAAUGCUGAAGUUACUGUAAUUUUAUCGUACGCUACUUUUCAUUUAUAAAAAUUUUGUUUGUAGCUGCCAGAAAUGGAAAUCCCAAAGGACAAAAUUACAUUUUUACCUCAAUCCUCGAGCAAAAAUGAAAUUGAAAUAGUUCAACCACAACCAGGCGUCUUGGAAUCAGAUAUCGACCCAAAUAUUGAUCCAGAUCUACUGGCAGCAAUGGAGGAAUUGGAAGGUAAAGAAGCGAUGGAAGAACAAGAAGAUUUUGAAUUGGAUGACAACUUCUUGGAGUUGGCUGGUGGAGUUGAUGAACCUGAGAAAAGGAAGGUAUAUGAGCAGUUCAGACAGUCGGAACAAUAUGGAUCUGAUUCGGAAGUUGACGAUGAAGAUCUUUUUGAUCCUGAGGAUGCUGGUAAGUGUUAUCACUGUUGACCGUAGGCUUUUAAAAGAUGCUCUUUAAUUGGAUUUAUAAAAUUUAAUUUCGUUUUACAGACUUUGUGGACGAUAAUGGAGAUGGAACCUUUUUGGCACCAGCUCCACCAAAACCAAUCAUAAAAAAAUCAGACAAAAAUGAUCUAGAUCAACGAUUUUCCGAAUUCUACGAGAAUAUGAAUAAUGAAGAUGAUGAUUUCGAAGAGGAAGAUGGCUACGAAGAAGCAGAUGAAGCAUUGUUGGAUGAUUUUGCUGAAGAAUAUGAAGGAAAGAAGGAGACUAUCAUGUACGAAAAACCAGAUUCAGAAUCCAAAAGGUUGACGUUGGAAGCAUUCGAGAAACAAGAAUUGAAUCCAGAGAAGACUGAGAAGAUUUUGGUACCAGUACGUCAAAAAAAAGCCAAAUGGGACUGUGAAUCGAUUGUUUCCACCUACUCUAAUAUCUAUAAUCAUCCGACUUUGAUAAGGGAAGAGCCGAAAAGAAAAGAGACGGAUUUGACUAGGAAGGCUGUUAAAGUGCAAGAUGUGGUAAGGUUUUAAAAUGUGAAAAAGUGAACUGAAAUGAAAAAUUUUUAAAAUGAAAUUUUUUUUAUAAUUUUAAAGGUUUUGUUUUUGUUGUCUUACAUUCUUUACUGAUUACAAUGUUUAGGAAAUGGAAGACGAUACCCGCUCGAUCCGCUCCGCCAUUUCCACCUCAACUUAUCGACCAAAGGGCGAAACGGCCGAAGAACGGCGAGAACGAAAACAAGGCAUAAAGGCGGAACGACGAAUAAGACGAGCCGAAAAGAAGGCCAAUAAGACAGUUUUUAAGGAGGAGAAGAAGAAGAUGGACGCCCAACGAGGCAAUGUUCACAUCGACGGAAAAACUAUAAUUUGA